AUGGCUAAGCCUCUUUCUCAUAUACUUUCCUUUCUUACAGCACUCAUUCUCCUAUUAUCAUCAUCCAUUUCUGCUCAAAGUAGAAGCAACAUACCAGUUGGUAAUUCUCUCUCAGCCAUCAUCAAUGGUUCUUCAUGGCUUUCGCCUUCAGGCGAUUUUGCCUUUGGCUUUCACCAAUAUCUCAAACACACUAAUCUGUUCUUGCUUGCUAUCUGGUAUGCCAAAAUACCAGACACAAUUGUCUGGUAUGCAAAUGAAGGUAACCCUGUUCCACAAGGAUCAUCAGUAACAAUCACUACUAAUGAAGGUCUAAUACUCAGUGAUCCUCAGGGCUCCAACCUGUGGAAUACCUCUUCAGAUUUAAAUGGCAACGUUGUUAGCUACGGCUUCAUGAGUGAUACCGGAAAUUUCAUCCUCACAAGUAGCAGUCAUAGUAAACCAGUUUGGCAAAGCUUUGAGCAUCCAACAGACACUUUGCUUCCUACUCAACUUAUGAACAUAGAAGGUACUGUCGACUCUCGGCUUUCGGAAACUAAUUUCACCAAAGGCAGGUUCCAACUGCGCCUGCAACAAGAUGGUAAUGCGGUCUUGAAUGUAAUGGACCGAACCAUUUACUGGCCCGAUGCUCAACCUUACUUUGCUAGUGACACUUGGAUUCCUCCAAAUCAAGGUAAGCAACUAAUAUAUAAUGUCUCAGGGCAUAUGUACAUAGUGGCAGAAGAUGGGACCAUCUUAUAUAAUUUCAUCCCUGAUAAAACAAUUGUAGUCUCUACCAGAGAUUAUUAUCAAAGAGUAACUCUGAAUUUUUAUGGAGUUCUUACAUGGUAUUAUCACCCAAAAAAAUUUACCCAGAACAAUGGGGUUGGUUGGUCCAAGAUGUAUUCAACAACAGGAAACAUCUGCUCUGUAGGGUGUGGGUUUAACAGUCUCUGUAGCUAUGAUGAUGUGGCUCAAAGCGUCGGAUGUGAUUGCCCUCCUAAUUAUUCUCUGAUAGAUCCUACUGACAAGUACGGCAGCUGCAAACCAGAUUUUCAGCUUUUGGAAGAUGAUGGAAAGGAUGGUAUAUUCGUUGAAUAUAAUCUAGUGCCACUUCAGAACACAAAGUUUGAUAAAUGUGAUAAAAGGUUUCUAGGUGUCACUGAAGAACAAUGCAAGAGUUCUUGUUUAGGUGACCGCUUCUGCGCUGUUGUGACCUGGGUUAGAGACACCUGCUGCAAGUAUAAGCCGUUGUUCUCUUGUGGAUAUCAUGACAGCAAUGUUAGAGAGACUGCUUGGCUGAAGGUAGGAAAUGGAACAUACUCCACUGUCCACUCACCCAGCUGA